UUUCGACAUUUUUCAAGAAAUCUAGAUGGCUCGCUGUUUCCUCGUGCAGUCUUGCCCUUUUGUUUUGAAUUAUUUCGGCAUCAAAUAUAAUUUAUUAUCCAUAAAAGUUUUCUAAAUGAAAAUAUGGAUGAGGUUGAUAUUGACAACGUAGAUGAUUUGAACGAAUUGGAAGCACGACUUUAUGCACAGGUCCAUCAUGAGGCUUAUGAUGGUGAUAAUGAUAUAUCAGCCACCUACGAGGAAGCCUCUCCAAUAAGGCAAGUAACAUCUACUAGUAUUAUAAACAAAUCCUAUGAUAGAACACGAGGACGAUAUUGGAAUGAAAAAAUAAACUUUCGUAAUAAUACUCCCCCGGCAAAACCAAAACAACCAUCAACAUCAUCCGAUGUGGGUCAAUUGAACAAAGAAAAACAAAAUGUUUCAGGUGGAAGUCGUGAAAUAAAAGAAAAACCGGUCGAAACGGUAGACAAGACGUUUCAGCCGCCUGUAAAAAACUUGUCUAAUUUGAGGGUCAAUCCUUUUGCUUCCGGGAAUGGCCCGAAACAAAAAGGAAGCUCAACAAAUCCGCGCAACAAGAAUACAACCGCAGAUAAAUCUAAAAGAAUAGAACUAAGAGAACCCAAUAAGGGACCAUUUGGUAGGCAACAAACAAAAUUGGCUCAUGCUAUGAAAUAUGAUGGCAAAAAGCAGAAAGCUAAAGCUGCCAAAGCUAAAAUGAGAAAAAAUGAUGCUGCUGCAGCAAUUGAACUAUCUGGAUCGGAAACAGACGAUGUCAUUGAAGUGCCAGUUCCAUCGCCAAAAAUUGUAACAAUCGAUACAAGUUCGGAUGAAGAAACUGCAGCCACUGCAACAGAACAAAGUGGAAGUUUUGUGAAGCCAGAGGCAGUAACAGUCAAGGAAAACAGUUCAAGGUGCACGAGCCCUUGUUCGGUUGUAUCUGAUGAGUUUAUUGGUCACAAUGAUCGAUCACGCCUGCUGGAAGAAAGUGGAAUGGCAGACGAUGAAGAUUUGCUAAUGUUACAAGUCGAUGUUGAUAGUUUAAUGGAAGCUCCAGAAAGGUCUACUGAUAAAUCUUCCGAAUCGUUUGCUACCCCAACACGAGAACGAACAGAAAAAAUUCCACCUGACUAUGUAGUAACACAGACUAAUUUUAGAGCAUUGGAUGUUUAUGAGAGUGAAUCUGAUAUACAAGAGAGUGUUUACUCGAAAGGGCAAAAACCACCUAAGCCAUCAGUUGUUGUUAACUUGGAUCAUGAAACCAGCUCUGAUGAUGUCGAAGAGAUUGAUAUAACUCAGAAGACAAAACGUUUAAAAAAACGACGCUCAUCGAGUGCCAACAAAGAUACCGAUACCAUCAUUGACUCUACGGACUCGGAACAAGAAAAUGAAGCUGAACCUCGUAAAAAUCUUGAAGUUCAAUUAACAAAAGUUCCCCAUAUUGCUUUUGGCGAAGCCAUUCCACGUAUGGUAACUGAAGAGGAGCUUCUUAAUCAGGCUGUAUAUAAUAGUUCGGACAAUGAAUUCGUUGCCAAUUUAAGCACACUGGCUCAAGGAGCAUCAUCAACUGUAGCUCCAGACGAUAGCGAUGAAGAAGAACCUGAACCUAUUACGGCACGUUCCAUAGCCGAAAAAGUUUUGAGUAAAAAUCGUGCAGUUGAAAAAACAACAACCCCCACUGCCACCACCACAAGGACUACUGUUAGUCCUGAACCAGUAAUUGCCCACGAUGAAGAAGCUAAUGAUGCUAUACCGCACGAUAGUCUGGCUGAAUUGAAUCACAUAUUUAAUAAAAUUGAUAAUAUGGAUAAUAAGGCACCUGAUAAUGCCGAUACAGAUGAUUCAGAUCAGUCUGUUGAAUUGGUUGCUCCUUUGCCAGUGAUCUAUACAAAUAAACCAUCUCAGAAGAAGAUGAAAAUGCAAAAAGAUACCGGUGAUCCAGUGUACAAUGUGGUGUAUAGUGAACAUUCAAAAGUUAUUGGAGGUGGUGGUAUUGGUUGGUGUGAAGAGAUGCGCAAAUUUUAUAACGAUUCGUGGAAAGGUGAACGUUUCAGUGUCAAGGCUGUGUGUUCUCAAAUGAAGAAUACAAAAACAUUAUGGAAGAUUUAUACAGAUGAUCGUUUUCCAAAAUAUCGAAGACAUUCACAUCAAAAAUGUAUGAAUUGCUGUGAGUUUGGACAUAUUCGUUCUAAAUGCCCAAAACCUAGGAAAGUUCCAGUUUGUUACAUGUGCGGUGAGAAAGGUCACAGUGAACCACGAUGUCCAAAUACUAUUUGCUUGAGGUGUGGCAACAAAACUCGAAUGUUUACAAAAAGUUGUAAUGCUUGCAACUAUCAAAAUCGUUUGAUUUGUCCUAUUUGUAAAGUUCGAGGGCAUAGCCUGAACCUCUGCCCGGACAAAUGGCGUCGCUACCACUCCACUACAAAGCCAAAUGAAUAUCCAAACAAUAAAGUCGAAUAUAAAAAUAAAAAACUGUGUUGCAUUUGUGGCCAGCGUGGACACUUAUCUGAGCAUUGUAGCCAUGCAAUACAUUUUUCUGAGUAUCCUACUUUCGUCAGCACAAUUAGAUCACAUCAGAAAUCCUAUGAUGAUAUAUCAAUAAAAACUAUACGUUCUGGAAUUGGCUAUAAUUUGAUGUAUAAGCCCGAUGAAGAUAUAAGUUUUGAAUUAGCAGAAAACAAGACGCGAUACCAAUACUAUGGUCGCUUUUUGGUGGCCGUUGGUAUGGGAUAUAUGCUUACAAGAAAACGUAGGGUCGAAAAUAAACAAGAAGAUGAAACACCGGUGAAACAAAAGAAAGUAAAUACGGACCUGAAAGAUUACGUCGUGAAUCCGUUUGCAAAGGCAGCAUUAGAAAAAUCGCCGGCGAAGCCAAAGGCAAUUGAGAGUGUACAACAAGUGGAUGAAGAAGAAACGUCUACAGAGUCUCCUGCCAAAGAACCAGCUUCGACAGUCGAGCCAAUCACCAUAGAUGAAGAAGACGCAUAUGAAAUAGAACCUAGUACUUCCAAGGGUAUCAUUCAUCAGACAUCCCGCGAAGAGACUGUCACAGAGCAAAUAAAUUCCACUGCAAAUACAAGCGCUAAGAAUGCCACUUCGACGUUUAAAACUCCUGACUCCACCUCACCAGGAAUUGCGUCUAAGAAAACUCAAGAAGCUGCGGACGUCGUUGAUUCCGACUCAAACUACAGUUUUUCAGAACAUUUCGAACCGAAUCAGCAUCAAAGCAAUCCUUCAACUGCUCGGGAAAUGGAUCCCUUACCUGAUUUUAUACCAAUAGUCGAUGAUGAAGAUAUGGAGGAGGAUGAACCAGAAGAAUCGAUAAAUGUAGGAAUUUCAAAGAAAUUUGUUUCUCUUGAAACGGAUGAAGAUGAAGAAAACACAAGUGAAUUACCCGAUCUUCCGUGUGAAGCCAAAAUAUAUUUAACCACAUUUCACAGCAAGUUCCUACUUUCACCCGAUGGCAAUUCAUUCCUAGUAGAGAAGUCAAAAGCAUUUGACAUCAAAGCAAGGCUAGAAUGGACUUCCGUUGGACAUAUCCUGAUAAUUUAUGGUCUUCGUUGCAAUCAAGAUAAAUUCCAUAUAGAAUUGUUGCACAAAUUCCGAGAGCUGUCUGAAAAAAUGAAUCGCAAUCAGUUGGAAAAAUCACAAAAAGUUCCGCGAAAGACGGAGGUGUUGAUAAGAUUUCUUCGGGAGAAUUUGAAUCAGUUGCUAACGAAUCUUGGUAAUCCAAAUGAGCUUUAUAAACGUUUAAUUUACCAGGAAAAACUACAAACUAAAACCGGCUGGAAGUCAGCGGAGAAGACAAGGCGUUUGUUGAAUAUGAUUUUAAUUGGUCAAGCUGGUCUUCGUAAUGGAUCCAUACACUUGGAUCAUUUGCUUUCACAUUUACGAAUUCUAAUUGAUGAAUGUAAAGAUGAAGUCGUGUCGAAUGAGGUGCGUGAUGAAAUAGAUUCUCACUGGAGAUUUAUUUUCUCUUCACAACGUCACGAAAAAUACCCAGAAUUACUUGAAGCCUACAAUCAUAUGCAGGUUAAGAAUAGAUUCCAGAAUAUAAAUAUCGAUCCUCGUUUGCUGGGCAAAAAGAUGCUCGAUACAACUCUAACAAAAGCGCAGAAAGAUAAAAUGGACAAGGCAGUAGAUGUAAAUACAUUGAGUGCUGCUGGUGGUUUGGAUAAGAUGAAUAGUCCUGCGAAACUAGUACCAAAUCCACUUGCAGUAAGAACCCCUAACAGACCUCCGAAAACUCCUGUAUCAGAAAAGAAGCGUCAGAAAAAUGUUUCUUCAAAUUCAUCAGCGGUGGCACAGAAAACACCAAAUCAACAAAAUCAAAAGGAAACAACCAAUCACGUUGCUAAUAAAAUCAAGGCCGUUAACGUGGAAUGGGAAGCAAAGUGUGCUAAUCUCUUAAGUGAAAUUGACGAAACCAAAAAACGUGGAGGACAACUUCGUAAUACCAAAGAGAGUUCAACGUUUUGGUCUCGGGAAGCAUUGAAAUACAUUGAUGAAUGUAUGGAACUUGGUAAAUCGAAUCUUAGUUUCCUUGAAAAAUUAUCGCGUGUGCAAAUUAAGUCGCAGAAAGGUCUUUUAUCGUAUAACGACUACCGAGCAAUUAUCAAGAUACAUAAUGCCAUCAAAAGCAAACAAUGACCAAAAUAAAUUACAAAUAAAUUUGUAUAAACUUCAAAAAAAAAAAAAAAAAAAGAAAAA